CACUGCGGCAGCGGAGUCGUCUCUUCACCACAGUGACUCUCUACGAUCCUGCGCUUCUAUCGUUACGAUCAGCCAGUAACAGCAACAUGGAAGCUUUUCUGCGCUCUGUGCGAUUUCCCUUGUUCACGGUGGACGCGUUUACAAAGGCUCCAUUUUCUGGCAACCCGGCAGCCGUAGUGUUUCUACAGGAAGACGGCGCAAUCGACGACCGUCGUAAGCAGUCGAUUGCUGCGGAGAUGAAACACUCCGAGACUGCCUUUGUGUCCAAGCAGAACCCCCUGGAUGAGUUUGGCAAAUCCUCUUGCUUCAACCUGCGCUGGUUCACGCCACAGAACGAAGUGCCACUGUGCGGCCACGCGACACUGGCGACGGCAGCCGCCAUCUUUGCCGAGUGGGGAAAUGCGUCUCGAGAACUCCGAUUCCACACCAAGAGCGGUGUGUUGAAAGCGUCAAGGAAGCCAAAUGGUGUCAUCGUCCUUGAUUUGCCAGCAAAGUCUUCGGUGGUAGUGCAACAUGAAGAUUACCGGAGUCUUCUCGACGCCGUGGUCGGUGAGACCCCGGUGGCCGAAGUGCGCUACUCAGCCGAUGCGAAGAAGCUAGUGGUGCGCCUGCAAGACUCCUGCACCAGGUCAGCCCUCGAGGCCCUGAGUCCGAGUCCCGCGCGAAUGCUGCACUCUGAGAGCGGCGACCGAGUGCUCGGCGUCGCAGUCACCAUUCGGGGCAGGAGCAACGACGACUACGACUUCAUCUCUCGCUACUUCAGCCCCUGGAACGGCAUCCCUGAGGACCCUGUCACCGGGUCUGCUCAUGCCGUGCUGGGACCCUACUGGGCUGAUGUUUUGGGAAAAGAAGAGCUGAGUGCGCACCAGGCGUCGGCCCGCGGUGGUGACCUCUACCUACGCGUCCCAGCCGGUGGACACCGGCUUCAAGUCGGAGGACACGCCGCGGUGGUUCUCAGAGGGGAGCUCCUGGUGUGAGCCAUAUAGCCGCGGCAGCAAGACGCAAAUACAGGCGUUUUACAACAGCAUGGUUGCUUGUGUUCGUUGUGUUUAGAAACAAUGUCUGAGCUUCGAGAUAAGCAUCUCCAUGUAUCGAUCGAUCACAUUUAAUUACAGUGCCGAUUGCCAUAACUCACAAAUAUAUUAAAAUUAGGACCGUGCGACUGAUCGAUUGACUAUCCGAUUAAUUGGCUAAUGCGUUCAUCACGUCAAGCUAUCUGCUCGUGAAUUAGUGAAUGUUCAUCGUGGUUUAUUUAGGUUACCAGUUGAUUUUAAUUCGUUUAGUUGUGCAUUAUGAGUGCUGUCUUAUACCAAAGACGAACGCAUUUUGUCUACUUUUGUAGGUAAGUUGGUGUGAAACCAGAAAAUAUAUUACUGCAGUGCCUGAGGUUGUCAAUGAAGCAAGACUAUUAAUGUUCUGUGUUCCAGCUAGACGUAUUUGCUU